AUCUACCUAGAUGUACUACCUAGUAUAGCCAAAUCGCUCAAAGCAGACGCAGCAUCUACAUCCCGUUGUUCGCCGUGCAGCUGACCGUCCAGCUGCCGGCGCGCAUCAACAGGAACCGCAAAGAUGGUGAACGCAGCCCUGCGGGCUGCGCUGGAGAGCCUGCGGGUCGAGUACUCGGCCCUCGGCGAUGCCAGCCCGGUGCAGGGGCUUUCCCUCGAGGAGGGAGGCGUCGGCUUCAGCGUCGUCACGCGGAAAGGCGCGGCGCCUGUGUCGGUAAACAUCUGCUUCACGGAGAUUGAGGCCUACCCGCAGUGCGGAGCCCUGGUUUUCGGCCCCGACGCGCUCGCGCCGCUGAGCGAGCGUUUCCAGGACCGCGGCGAGCUGCGCGCCGUGGUCGCCGAGGUCCUCAAGCGCCUCGGCUGUGACCCCGCGCCCGGAGCCGCCGGCGGCGGCGGCGGCGCCCGCCCCGGCGGCAACAGCAACAGGCGCAGCUCUGCCGGCGCCGGCGGCGGCGUCGCCGCCAUGGAGGAAGACGGCGGCGACGCGGGCACGGACCGGAUGGAGGUUGGCUCGGACGGCGGCGGCACGGCCGGCCGCUCCGAUAAAGGCGGCGGCGAUGACGACGACGACGAUGACAAUUGGGAUAAUGUGCCCAGUGGCAGUGACGACGAGAAUGAUGGCGCGGGCGGUGGCGGCGGCGGCAGCGAUGGCUACGCGUAUGAGCAGGAGGAGGAGGACCGGGAGGAGGAGGAGGCGGACGAUGACGCCGACGACGAUGAUGGCGGCGGCAGCUCGGAUGAUGAGGAGCGCGACAUGAUCAUCCUGUGCUCCAUGAGCGUGGGCAGGUGGGAGCGGCAUGAGGCGGCGCUGGAGGCGGCGGCGGCGGCGGCCGCAGCGGAGGCGGCGGCGGCCCGGUCAUUCCCGGCGGCGCAGCAGCAGCAGCAGCCGGACAAGCCGGUGCUGUCGUCCAAGCACGGCGUGGCUGCCCAGCGGCAGAUCUUCAACCCGCGCGAGGCGUUCGCCAUGCUGAGCAGGGAGCUGCAGGACUGCCUGCGCGGGCGGCACCCCGACUGCUCCGUGGAGACGGGCGGCGACGACGUGUACCACUGGGUGGUGGACCUGGGCAGCUUCAAGGAGGGCGGAGGACUGGCGCGGGACCUGCGUGAGGUGUCUCGGCGCUACUGCUACUCCACUGUGCGGCUGCGGCUCAAGUUCAUGCGCGGCCUGCACCCCUUCUUCCCGCCCAGUGUGGAGGUGGUGUGGCCUCACCUGGCGGGCCCGCUGCUGGGCGCGGUGGCGGGCCACCCCAUGCUGGCGCUGGAGAACUGGGACCCCUGGCGGCCCGCCAUGGACACCGUGAGGCAGGUCAAGGCAUUCCUGGAGGCCCACGCGCGUGUGGACCUUGACAACCCCGCCAACGACAUCCGCCGCCACGGCGCCGCCGCCGGCACCUACACGCCGCUGGAGCGCUCGCUGGCGCGGCUGGAGGCGCUGACGGGGCUGGCGCCGCGCUGCGUGGCGGCCAGUGCGGAGGUGGCGGAGCUGUACGCCGCACGUGACAACUACGACAAGGACUCGGCCCGACUGCAAGCGCUGCAGGGCUCGGGUGGGGGGCCCGCCGCCGCCGCCGCAGAGGCCGCAGGCAAGAAGAGGGGGCGCAAGGAGGCGGCGGCGGCAGGCGGCGGAGGCGGCGGUGCGGCGGCAACAGCGGGAGCAGCAGCUGGAGCGACAGGGGAGACGGGCGCGGCCGCGGGCGUGGCGGCAGGGGCGGCAGGCGCAGCAGCGGCAGGGGCGGCGGCGGGAGGUGGCGGUGGCGGCGGCGGCGGGCGCGGCGGCGGGCGGGAGGUGGUGUGGGCUCGCGGCACCGGCUAUGGCAGCGGCCACAACCGCACAGGCGAGCUGUGGGACGCCAAGGCCACCGAGGCGGCACAGCGCGCACGUGACGAGGAGAUCCGGCUGUUGCUGGAUGUGAUGCGGGAUGACCUGGUGGCGGAGCUGGGGCCGCGACCCACCGCCGAGGAGGCGGAGGAGGCGGAGGCGGCAGAGGAGAAGCAGAGGCAGCAGCAUCAGCAGGCGGCAGAGGAAACGCAGGGGCAGCAGCAGCAAAAGCGGGCGGCCGGAGAGGCGGACGCAGAGGAGGAGGGCGAGGAGGAGGGCGGGAAGCAGAAGCGGGGUCGCGGCAAGAAGGCGGCGGCUGCCGGCGGCGGGGGCGGCGGGCGGCGCGGCGGCAGCAGCAGCCGGCGAGGGCAGGCCAAGGGGCAGCAGCCGGACAAGGAGCAGGAGGGCAAGGCUGAGGAGGAGGGGGCCGCCGCCGCCAAUGGCCCCGUUGCAAUGGAGGGCGUGGAGGGCGCCGCCGCCGGCACGUCGGCGGGCGCCGCCGCCUCCGCCUCCGCGGCCGCCCCUGCCGGCGAGCCGCCCUCCUCCUGCUCUUCCCCCUCUUCCUCUUCCUCCUGCUCCCCCCGGCUGGGCGAGUCGGGCUGUGCGGCGGUGCUGGCCUCCAGCUGCCUGCUGCCGUACGUGGUGCGCGAGCUGCGCAUGGCGUCAUUCACAGACAUGGGCGGCCGCACGCACUACUACACCGCGCUACUGGACCUGGUGCUACAGCUGUGCCGCCCCGGGCUGGUGCAGCUACUGCGAGAGCCGGCCACGCCCGAGGCCAUGGCGGCGGCGGCGGCUGUAGCAGCAGCAGCAGCGGGCGGCGACGCCGCUGCUACUGCCGCUGCUGCUGCUACUGCCGCGGAGGGCACGGUGGCGGCGCUGUUCGGGUCGGGUCUGCGCACGGCGGCACGGCUGUACCUCAACGUGCUGAAGCCCACGGCGCCCGGCUCGGUGGCGUCGGGCUCGGUGCCCGCCGUCACCGCCGCCCCAGGCGCCGCCACCGCCACUGCCGCCGCCGCCGGCGGCGGCGGCACUUCCUUCUUGAGGUCGCUUGACCGCGCGGCGCUGGCUGCUGAGAAGGCCGCCAAGGAGGCCGAGGCCACACAGCACAUGGCGCACACCAUACUGGCGGUCGCCAAGUACGUGGAACGCCACGCCCCGGCCGCACCGCCCCCAGCACCAGCAGGGCCAGGAGCAGGGGCAGGGCCAGGAGCAGGAGCAGGGGCAGGGGCAGGGGCAGGAGCAGCAGGAGCGGCGGCGGGCGACGACGCGGCGGCGGCGGCGGCGGGCGACGCGGAGCGGGCGGCGAGCGGUGCCGGUGCGAGCACGUCAGCGGCGGACGCCAACGCGGCGGCGAAUGCGGCGUAUGUGUCAGCACUGAAGCCGCUGCAGAUGGACGCGGUGCCGGGGCUGACGCGCCACCACCACUAUGCCUCCAACGCGCGGGGGGAGCCGGCCAACCCGCGGCCGAGGUCGGUGCGGCUGGCCAAGGAGGUGGCCUCGCUGGAGUCGCUGCUGCCGCUGUCCGCCGCGGGCUCCGUGUUCGUGAGGGUGGACGAGGGCUGCGUGCAGCUGUGGAAGGCGCUGGUGGCGGGGCCCGAGGACACGCCCUACGGCGGCGGCCUGUUCCUGUUCGACUUGUACUUCCCGCCGCAGUACCCAGGGGUGCCGCCGCAGGUACACCUGAUGACCACGGGCGGCGGCCGGGUGCGCUUCAACCCCAACCUGUAUGCAGAGGGCAAGGUGUGCCUGUCGCUUCUGGGCACGUGGCAGGGCGACAAGGGCGAGCAGUGGAACGCCGACGUGUCCACCGCGGUGCAGGUGCUCAUCUCCAUCCAGAGCCUCAUCAUGGUGCCCGACCCCUACUACAACGAGCCCGGCUACGAGGCGCAGAUGCAGGAGCGAGGCAGGGUGGCCAGCCGCGACUACAACAAGAACGUGCGCGAGAACAACAUCCGCUAUGCCAUGCUGGACAUGCUGCGCCACCCGCCCGCCGCCUUCGCCGAGGUGGUGCGCGCGCACUUCCGCCUGCGCCGCGCCCACCUGCUGGACCAGAUCCGGCGCUGGGCGGAGGAGACCGCCGGCCACGACGCCGCCGCCGCCGCCCGCAUGACCGACAUGCGCAAGGAGCUGGAGCUGCUCAUCGCGGCCACCACUUGAGGCGCUGGUCGAGGUGGAGGGGGAGGCGCUGGCGCUGGCGGAGGUGGAGGCGGAGGCGGAGGUGGAGGCGGAGGCGGAGGUGGAGGUGGAGGUGGAGGCGGAGCCAAGGUAUAUGGUAUGUCCUGGUGCAGAUCCGACUAUCCCCCAGCUAGCUUGGAUACGGCACCCCAACCUCCCUCAGCGGUACAGGAGUUCGCGUUGGGACAGUGGUAAGGUAGGUUGGUGAAGUCCAGUAGGGUGCAGCUGAUUCCCAAACCCCAGAAGAUGGCAAACAAUGUGCAACGGCAGGGCAGGAGUGCGCAGCUGGUCGAAUGCCGGAUUUACUGUGCCGACGAGUUGCUGGUUGGCUGGAAGUUCGCUAAUGCGCAGGAGUUUCGCAUGGGUCGGUGUCGGCAGCUGCGCGAGUGUGGGCAGAUAGUUGUACGGCAGGCCGGCUCGGGGUGACGCACACGAGCAUUUGGCGCUAGUCGGCAGGCGCGUAAGAGGGAGUGGGCAGUUGAGCUCACACCCGUGUGGGAAGCUGUGGGAGAGCAUGGUGGAGCAUGGCGGAGGCUGGCGGCUGGCGCACCGCGCAAGUGGCAGUGCAUAGUCGUACGCACCCCGUUAGGGGAGCUGCGUGUGAACUCAGAGAGCCGCAUAGGGCUGACCAUGUUUCCAUAUCCUGCCCCCUGAGCGGUUCUCAUAGCAGACACGUUUUCACACGGCUUUCACACCGCAGCAGGAUUCACUUGAGGGCACCCAGAGCAGGCCGUGAAGUUUCUUGUCUUGUCUGCUGUGCUGCCAGCGCCUCAAAGUUGGGGCAGUGUUUGAACCUAAACAUGAACAUAAGAGAGAGAUAGCCCAGCUCAGCCCCGUCUCGAACAGGGAUCAAUAGGCGUUAAUGACUGGCCAAACCACUGAGCGCAAGGGUUUUGUUAUAG